GGCCGCUGCCCGACGGAGCGAAGCGCGGCGCUGCAGCUGCGUGCUGGGUGGCCGCUGGGCGCUCGGGACGGUCGCGCACGCCGCGACCUGCGCCUGCACCGCAGCGGCUGAAGCCAGUCGGCGGCGCUCAGCAUGAGGUCCCGGGAGCUGCUCCUGCGGUUGCUGCUGGCGGUCUCCGCGGCGGCGGCGGCCGGCGAGCCGGAUACGGCGCUGCCCCGGACCGCGGGGGACGCCACCCUGGCCAUCGUCUUCGACGUCACCGGCUCCAUGUGGGACGACCUGAUGCAGGUGAUGGACGGCGCCUCGCGCAUUCUGGAGCGCAGCCUGAGCCGCCGCGGCCAGGCCAUCGUCAACUACGCGCUCGUGCCCUUCCACGACCCAGAUAUUGGCCCAGUGACCCUCACGGCGGACCCAGCGGUGUUUCAGAGGGAGCUGAGAGAACUCUUCGUGCAGGGAGGCGGUGACUGCCCCGAGAUGAGUGUGGGGGCCGUCAAGGCUGCCGUGGAGGUUGCCAACCCGGGAUCCUUCAUCUACGUCUUCUCGGACGCCCGCGCCAAGGAUUACCACAAGAAGGACGAGGUGCUACGGCUCCUACAGCUUAAACAGUCGCAGGUGGUCUUUGUGCUGACGGGGGACUGUGGUGACCGCACGCAUCCUGGCUACCUGGCCUACGAGGAGAUCGCUGCCACCAGCUCUGGGCAGGUGUUCCACCUGGACAAGCAGCAGGUGACCGAGGUGCUAAAGUGGGUGGAGUCAGCGAUCCAGGCCUCCAAAGUGCACCUGCUGUCUACGGACCACGGGGAGGAGGGCGAACACACAUGGAAGAUCCCCUUCGACUCCAGCCUGAAGGAAGUCACCAUCUCCCUGAGCGGCCCCGGGCCUGAGAUCGAAGUCCGAGACCCGCUGGGGAGGAUCCUGCAGAAGGACGAGGGCCUCAACGUGCUUCUCAACAUCCCCGACUCAGCCAAGGUCGUGGCCUUCAAGCCUGAACAUCCUGGGCUGUGGUCCAUCAAGGUCUAUAGCAGCGGCCGCCACUCGGUGAGGAUCACGGGCGUCAGCAACAUCAACUUCCGAGCUGGCUUCUCCACUCAGCCCUCCCUGGACCUCAACCACACCAUUGAGUGGCCCCUGCAAGGGGUGCCCAUCUCCCUGGUGAUCAACUCCACGGGCCUGCAGGCCCCUGGCCGCGUGGACUCGGUGGAGCUCUCACACAGCUCAGGGCGGCCCCUCCUGACUCUGCCCACUCAGCCCCUCUCCAACGGAUCCACCCAUCAGCUGUGGAGCGCACCGCCCUUCCAUGCUCCCCAGGAGCGCUUCUACCUCAAGGUGAAGGGCAAGGACCAUGAGGGGAACCCCCUCCUCCGUGUCUCUGGAGUUGCCUAUAGUGGGGUGGCCCCAGGUGCCCCCUUGGUCAGCAUGCCCCCCAGGAUCCAUGGCUACAUGCACCAGCCCCUGGUUGUCUCCUGCUCUGUGCACAGCGCCCUCCCCUUCCGGCUACAGCUGCGGCGGAAAGGAGCCAAGCUGGGCGAGGAGAGGCACUUUCAGGAGUCAGGAAACAGCAGCUGGGAAAUCCCACAGGCCUCCAAGGCCGAGGAAGGCACGUAUGAGUGCACAGCGGUCAGCAGGGCUGGGACCGGACGAGCAGAGACCCAGAUUGUCGUCACAGACCCCCCGCCGCAGCUGAUUCCUGCCCCCAACGUGACCGUGUUGCCUGGGGAGACUGCCGUCCUAUCCUGCCAGGUCCUGGGAGAGGCCCCCUACAACCUGACAUGGGUGCGGGACUGGCGAGUCCUAUCGGCCUCGACAGGCAGAGUCGCGCAGCUGGCCAACCUGUCCCUGGAGGUCAGAGACAUCAUCCCCAGUGACGGCGGGCGGUACCAAUGCAUGGCCAGCAAUGCCAACGGUGUCACAAGGGCGUCUGUCUGGCUCCUGGUGCGAGAGGCCCCUCAGGUCAGCAUCCACACCAGGUCCCAACGCUUCUCCCAAGGCAUGGAAGUGAGGGUCAGCUGCUCAGCCUCUGGGUACCCUGCACCCCGCAUCUCCUGGAGCCGUGACGGUCAUACUAUACAAGAGGACGACAGGAUCCAUGUGGACGCCCAGGGAACCCUGGUCAUUCAGGAAGUGGCCCCAGAGGAUACUGGGAAUUACAGCUGCCAGGCUGCUAAUGAGGUCGGCACAGACGAGGAGACAGUCACUCUCUAUUAUACAGACCCACCGUCGGUCUCCGCCGUCAGUGCCGUGGUGCUUGCUGCCGUCGGGGAGGAGGCCGUGCUGAUGUGUGAGGCGUCGGGGGUGCCCCCGCCCCGGGUCAUCUGGUACCGAGGAGGUCUUGAAAUGAUUCUGGCCCCUGAGGCCUCCAGCUCUGGGACGCUGAGGAUCCCAGCCACUCAGGAGAGGGAUGCUGGCAUCUAUACGUGCCAAGCUGUCAAUGAGUUGGGUGACGCCUCUGCGGAAAUCCUACUGGAGGUUGGACAUGCACCCCAGCUGAUGGAGCUGCCCCGGGAUGUCACUGUGGAGCUGGGCAGGAGUGCCCUCCUGGCAUGUCGGGCUGUGGGCCGCCCGCCCCCGACAGUCACCUGGCGCCGUGGAGACGGCCAGCUGCUGGAGCCCAGGCGGGGCAGCAGGACCGGGCAGCCCCAUUCAGGAGUGCUGUUCUUUGAAAGUGUGGUCCCUGAAGACCAGGCCCUGUAUGUCUGUGAAGCUCAAAAUAUCUUUGGGAAGGUCCAGGUGGAGGCCCGGCUCGUGGUGACUGGACAUGCUCCCCCACAGAUCGCCAGCAGUGCCUCCACCGUCCGGGUGCUGGAGAGGCAGCCUGUGUCCCUGCCCUGUGUCAUCCUGGCCGGGAGGCCCCUCCCAGAGAGGCGCUGGCUCAAGGCCGGUCUGCCGCUCCCACCUGGCAGCCGGCAUUCCGUCCGAGCCGACGGCAGUCUCCACCUUGACCGGGCCCUGCAGGAAGACGCAGGGAGGUACAGCUGUGUGGUCACCAACACGGCUGGCUCUCAGCAGAGGCAUGUGGAGCUGGUUGUCCAGGUGCCACCUAGAAUCCAGUCCACUGCCACCCACCAUGUCACCAAUGAAGGGGUUCCAGCCUCUCUCCCCUGUGUCGCGUCAGGAGUUCCCACCCCCACCAUCACCUGGACCAAGGAAACCAACGUCCUGGCUUCCAGUGGUCCCCACUACAAUGUGAGCAAGGAUGGGACCUUGGUCAUUGCCCAGCCAUCCACCCGGGAUGCAGGGGCCUAUGUCUGCACGGCCAUCAACGCCGUGGGCUUCUCCAGCCAGGAGAUGCGGCUUUCUGUCAACACCAAGCCCAGAAUCCAGGUGAACGGCUCCCAUGAUACAGACAAGCCUCUGAGCGUCACAGCCAAGGCCGGUGACGAGGUGACUCUGGACUGUGAGGCCCAGGGGUCCCCACCCCCAUUGGUCACCUGGAUGAAGGACUCGCGCCCUGCGCUGCCCGUCACUGACAGAUAUCACCUCCUCCCGUCGGGGUCCCUGCGUCUGGCCCAGGCCCAGGCCGGUGACAGCGGUCUCUACGAAUGCACAGCCAGUAACCCCGCGGGGUCUGCCUCUCGGCACUACAUUCUUGGGGUACAAGUCCCCCCCCAGGUGCAGCCAGGCCCGCGGGUCCUGAAGGUCCUGGCGGGCGAAGCUCUGGACCUGAACUGCGUGGCCGAAGGCACCCCAGAGCCCAAGUUGACCUGGUCCAAGGACGGGGUGGCCCUGCGUGGUGGGGGGCCUGAGGGCUCCAUCCACUUCGCAGCCAUCCAAACCUCCGAUGCUGGCAUGUACCACUGUGAGGCCUCCAAUAACGCUGGGGAGGACAGCUGGGAGCUGGAGCUCAAGGUGCUGGAGCCACCACACUGGGGGACCGAUGAGACCAACGGCUUGCUGGAGAGAGUGGCGGGAGAGAAUGCCAGCCUGCCGUGCCCUGCCAGAGGGAACCCCAAGCCACAGGUCACAUGGCGGAAGGGUCUGUCCUCGGAGCCCCUGCGUGGCCGGCCGGGCCUGGCAGUGCUGGACGGAGGCUCUCUGUUCCUGGCUUCAGUGUCUCCCACCGAUGGCGGAGACUACGAGUGCCAGGCCACCAACGAGGCGGGCUCCGCCUCCAGGAGAGUCAAGCUGGUGGUCUAUGUGCCCCCCGACAUCCGGGACGAUGGAUACAGGGCCAACGUGUCCGGCAUGGCGGGGCAGUCCCUGACACUGGAGUGUGACGCGAACGGCUUUCCAGCCCCUGAGAUCGUGUGGCUCAAGGACGGGCAGCUGAUACCCAAGGUGGGUAGCCACCGGCUCCUGGACGGGGCCCGGGCCCUCCACUUCCCCAGGAUCCAGGAGGACGAUUCUGGCCUCUACUCCUGCCGGGCGGAGAACCAGGCGGGGACGGCCCAGAAGGAUUUCGAUCUCCUCGUCCUUAUCCCACCUUCCCUGCUCGGAGCUGGGGCUGCCCAGGAGGUGCUGGGCCUGCUUGGUGCUGAGGUGGAGCUGCAGUGCCGGACCUCAGGGGUCCCCACACCCCAGGUGGAAUGGACCAAGGACAGGCAGCCUGUCCUUCCGGGAGACCCUCAUAUCCAGCUCCAGGAGGACGGCCAGGUUCUCAGAAUCACCAGCAGUCACCUGGGGGACGAGGGGCGGUACCAGUGCGUGGCCUUCAGCCCAGCGGGCCAGCAGGCGAAGGACUUCCAGCUCAGAAUCCACUCACCUCCCACCAUCUGGGGCUCCAACGAGACGAGCGAGGUGGCCGUCAUGGAGGGCCACCCGGUGUGGUUCCUGUGUGAGGCCCGAGGAGUGCCGGCUCCAGACGUCACUUGGUUCAAGGACGGGGUCCUGGUCCAGCCCAGCCCUGAGGCUGUCUAUACCAGGGGUGGCCGGCAGCUGCAGCUGGGGAGGGCCCAGGUCUCGGACGGUGGCCUCUACACCUGCAAGGCCAGCAACCCUGUGGGGGUCAUGGAGAAGGCCACGAGGCUGGAGGUUUACGUCCCACCCACCAUCGAGCGCGCCGGCACAGGGCCUCACUUGGUAAAAGCCGUGGCUGGGAGGCCCUUGGCGCUGGAGUGUGUGGCCAGAGGCCACCCACCCCCCACCCUCUCCUGGCACCAUGAGGGACUGCCCGUGGUGGAGAGCAACGGGACGUGGCUGGAGGCGAGCGGUGGCGUACUGAGCCUGGAGAGCGUGGGGGAGGCAUCUGGAGGCCUGUACAGCUGCGUGGCCAGCAGCCCCGCUGGGGAGGCCAUGCUGCAAUACGCCGUGGACGUGCAGGUGCCCCCACAACUCCUGGUGGCUGAAGGUUUGGGCCAGGUGACCACCCUCGUGGGACAGCCGCUGGAACUUCCCUGCCAGGCCUCAGGCUCCCCGGUACCCACUAUCCAAUGGCUGCAGAAUGGCCGCCCAGCUGAGGAGCUGUCGGGGGUGCAGGUAGCCUCCCAGGGGACCACACUGCAUAUUGACCAUGUGGAGCCAGGCCAUGCGGGCCUCUUCUCUUGCCAGGCCACCAACGAAGCAGGCACUGCCGGGGCCGAGGUGGAGCUGUCAGUGCACGAGCUCCCAUCUGUGGUCAUCAUUGGGGGUGAGAACAUCACAGCCCCUUUCCUGCAGCCUGUGACCCUCCGAUGUGCAGGGACUGGGGUGCCUACCCCAAGCCUCCGCUGGUGGAAGGAUGGGGUGGCCCUGGCAUCCUCAGGGGGGAUCCUGCAGAUUGAGAAGGUGGACCUGAGGGACGAAGGUGUCUACACUUGCGCUGCCACAAACCUGGCUGGGGAGAGCAAGAAGGACAUGCUGCUCAAGGUUAUGGUGCCCCCCAACAUUGAGCCUGGCCCGGCCAACAAGGCAGUGCUGGAAAAUGCCUCGGUGACCUUGGAGUGUCUGGCUUCGGGCGUGCCCCCUCCCGCUAUCUCCUGGUUCAAGGGCCGCCAGCCUGUCUCUGCUCGCAAGGGAGUGACGGUGUCCGCUGAUGGGAGAGUUCUCCUCAUUGAGCGAGCCCGGCUUUCUGAUGCUGGGAGCUACCGCUGUGUGGCAUCCAAUGAGGCAGGUGAUUCAGAGCUGCAGUACGGCCUACGGGUCAAUGUGCCUCCACGCAUCACGCUGCCACCCAACCUGCCAGGCCCCGUGCUGCUCAACGCCCCCGUCCGGCUGACCUGUAAUGCCACCGGAACCCCCAGCCCCACACUGAUGUGGCUGAAGGAUGGAAACCCCGUGUCCACUGCAGGGGCCUCUGGCCUCCAGGUCUUCCCUGGGGGCCGGGUCCUCACACUGGCCAGUGCCCGGGCCUCUGAUUCUGGCCGCUACUCCUGCGUGGCUGUGAGUGCAGUGGGUGAGGACCGCCGGGACGUCGUCCUCCAUGUCCACAUCCCUCCCAGCAUCCUCGGAGAAGAGCUGAACGUGUCCGUGGUGGCCAACGCGUCGGUGGCCCUGGAGUGCCAGAGUCAAGCUGUGCCCCCUCCUGUGUUGAGCUGGCGGAAGGACGGCCGCCCCCUGGAGCCACGGCCUGGAGUCCACCUCUCUGCAGACAAGUCCUUGCUGGAGGUGAGCAGAGCUGAGGUGCGGGAUGCAGGUCGCUAUACCUGUGAGGCACUGAACCAGGCAGGCCAGUCGGAGAAGCACUACAACCUGAAUGUCUGGGUCCCUCCAGGAUUCCCCUCUCGGGAGCCCCGCCCCCUGACUGUGACCCAGGGGCAGCCCACCAGGCUGUCCUGCGAAUGUCGGGGUGUCCCUUUCCCCAAGAUCUCCUGGAGGAAGGACGGUCAGCCAGUGCCCGGGGAGGGGGCUGGCCUCGAGCAGGUGUCGGCGGUGGGGCGGAUGCUGUACCUGGGACAGGCCCAGCCAGCCCAGGAGGGAACGUACACCUGUGAGUGCAGCAACGUGGCAGGAAAUAGCAGCCAGGACCAGCAGCUGGAGGUGCAUGUUCCCCCUCAGAUCACUGGCCCCCAGGAGCCCCACAUACAGGUCUCCGUGGUCCAGGACAGGGAGGCCACUCUGGAAUGCAACGUCACAGGGAAACCCCCACCCAGGGUGACGUGGGAGCGGGACGGCCAGCCAGUGGGAGCCGAGCCUGGCCUGCGGCUAUUGAACCAGAAUCAAAGCCUGUACGUGGAACAGGCACAGGCUGCCCACGCCGGACGCUACAGCUGUGUGGCUGAGAAUGUGGCCGGGAGGGCCGAGAGGAGGUUUGCGCUCUCCGUGUUGGUGCCCCCAGAGCUUGUGGGAGACUUGAACCCACUGACCAACGUCACCGCUGCCUUACACAGCACCUUGACACUGCUCUGUGAAGCGACAGGCAUCCCUCCUCCAGAGGUCCGCUGGUUCCGAGGGGAGGAGCCUAUUGGCUCCAGGGAGGAUACCUACCUCUUAGCAGGUGGCUGGAUGCUGAAGGUGACCCGGACACAGGAGCGAGACAGAGGCCUCUACUCGUGCGUGGCAAGCAGCGAGGCUGGGGUGGCGCGGAGGAACUUCAGUGUGGAGGUCCUGGUUCCUCCCAGUAUCGAGAACGAGGACCUGGAGGAGGCAUUUAAGGUCCCCGAGGGACAGACAGCCAACUUGACAUGCAAUGCCACAGGCCACCCACAGCCCAAGGUCACGUGGUUCAAAGAUGGCCGGCCUCUGGCUGGGGGAGGGGCCUACCACAUUUCUCCAGAUGGAGCCCUCCUGCAGGUCCUCCAGGCCAACCUGUCCAGUGCCGGCCACUACUCCUGCAUUGCAGCCAACACUGUGGGGGAGAAGACCAAACACUUCCAGCUGAGCGUCCUGGUGGUUCCCACCAUCCUGGGGGUGACCAACGGCACUGCAGAUGAGGAGGUGACCGUCACCGUCAACAACCCCAUUUCUCUGAUCUGUGAGGCACUGGCCUUCCCCUCCCCCACCAUCACCUGGAUGAAGGAUGGGACCCCAUUUGAGGCCUCGAACAACAUCCAGCUGCUCCCAGGCACCCACGGGCUGCAGAUCCUGAAUGCCCAAAAGGAAGACGCGGGCCAGUACACUUGCGUGGUCACCAAUGAGCUCGGGGAGGCCAUGAAGAACUACCACGUGGAAGUCCUUAUCCCCCCUUCCAUCUCCAAGGACGACCCCGCGGGGGAAGUUGGUGUGAAGGAAGUGAAGACCAAGGUCAACAGUACCUUGAGCCUGGAAUGCGAGUGCUGGGCCACACCCCCGCCCACCAUCAGCUGGUACAAGGACGGACGGCCUGUGACCCCCAAUGAGCGGCUCUACAUCCUGGGUGAAGGGCGGCUGCUUCAGAUCCAGCCCACGCAGCUCUCCGAUUCGGGGCGAUACCUGUGCGUGGCCACCAAUGUGGUUGGAGAGGACGACCAGGACUUCAACGUGCUCAUCCAGGUGCCCCCCAUGUUCCAGAAGGUGGGUGAUGCCAGUGCAACCUCCGAGUUCCUGUCCCAGGAGGAGGAGGUCCAGGGUAGGGUGACGGAAUACCGGGAGGUUGUGGAAAACAACUCCGCAUAUCUGCACUGUGACACAAACGCCGUGCCACCCCCGGAGUUCACCUGGUACAGGGAGGACCAGCCCCUCUCCGCCAUGGAAGGGGUGUCUGUUCUGCAAGGAGGCCGGGUCCUGCAGAUCCCCCUGGUACGUGCGGAAGACGCCGGGAGGUACUCGUGCAAGGCCUCCAAUGAGGUGGGAGAGGAUUGGCUGCACUAUGAGCUGGUGGUGCUGACCCCACCUGUGAUCCUGGGUGACACGGAGGAGCUGGUAGAAGAGGUGACCGUCAAUGCCAGCAGCACUGUCAGCCUACAGUGUCCAGCCCUGGGCAACCCCGUGCCCACCAUCUCGUGGCUCCAGAACGGGCUCCCUGUCUCCCCGAGCCCACAGCUACAGGUCCUGGAGGACGGGCAGGUCUUGCAGGUUUCCACGGCAGAGGCAGCCGACACUGCCAGCUACAUGUGUGUGGCCGAGAACCCGGCAGGCUCCGCGGAGAAGCUCUUCACCCUCAGGGUGCAAGUGCCACCACGAAUCGCAGGCCUGAACUCAGAACAGGUCACAGCCAACCUCAACAGCAGCAUCUCCCUCCCGUGUGAUGUCCAUGCUCAUCCGAGCCCCGAGGUCACAUGGUACAAGGACAGCCACGCCCUCGCCCUAGGAGAAGAGGUCUUCUUCCUGCCUGGCACCCACACACUGCAGCUGGCGCGGGCACAGCCAUCGGACUCUGGGAUCUACAUGUGUGAGGCCCUCAAUGCUGCCGGCCGAGACCAGAAGCUGGUACAGCUUAGCGUGCUGGUUCCCCCCACUUUCAGGCAGGCUUCCAGUGGCCCCCAGGCUCCGUUCCUGGUGAGAGCAGGGGACAAGGCCGUCCUUAGCUGUGAGACAGACUCGCUCCCCGAGCCGGCUGUGACCUGGUACAAGGAUGGGCAACCUCUGGUCCUGGCACAGCGGACCCAGGCUUUUCAGGGUGGGCAGAGGCUGGAGAUCCUGGACACCCAGGUGUCAGAUAAAGGUCUAUACAGCUGUAAAGUCAACAAUGCGGCCGGGGAAGCCAUGCGGACAUUCGUCCUCCUUAUCCAGGUGCCCCCAACAUUUGAGAACCCCAAGACGGAGACAGUGAGCCAGGUCGCUGGGAGCCCCCUGGUCCUGACCUGUGAUGUGACCGGGGUCCCUGCACCCACUGUCACUUGGCUGAAGGACAGAAUGCCCGUUGAGAGCAGUGUGACCCAUGGCGUGGUCUCCCGGGGGGGUCGCCUCCAGCUAAGUCGCUUGCAGCCAGCCCAGGCUGGCACUUAUACUUGCGUGGCUGAGAACGCCCAGGCCGAGGCCCGAAAGGACUUCAUGGUGUCUGUUCUGGUGGCCCCCAGGAUCCGGAGCUUGGGUGCCACGCAGGAGCACAGUGUCCUGGAGGGGCAGGAGGUGCGACUGGACUGCGAGGCCGAUGGGCAGCCACCACCCGAGGUGGCCUGGCUGAAGGAUGGUGGCCCACUGGGCCAGGGCGUGGGCCCCCACCUCAGGUUCUACGUGGACGGCAGCUCCCUGGUGCUGAAGGGCCUGACGGCCUCGGACUCGGGCGCAUACACCUGCAUAGCCCAGAACGCGGCCGGGGAGGACGCCAGGCUGCACACAGUGAAUGUGCUGGUGCCUCCCACCAUUGAGCAAGGGUCAGAGGGCACGGGGACCCUGCUGCACAGGUCUGGGGAGCUGGUGAGCAUGGCGUGCCCUGUCCGGGGCUCUCCUCCUAUCCACAUGAGCUGGCUCAAGGACGGCCUGCCCCUUCCUCUGUCCCAGCGCACCCACCUCCACGGCUCUGGCCGCAUCCUCAGGAUUUCCCAGGUGCAGGUGGCAGAUUCUGGCAUCUUCACCUGUGUGGCUGCAAGCCCAGCUGGUGUGGCCGACAGAAACUUCACCUUGCAGGUACAAGUGCCCCCGGUCCUGGAGCCCGUGGAGUUCCAGAAUGACGUGGCAGUGGUCCGUGGCUCCCCGGUGGUCCUCCCCUGUGACGCCCGGGGCAGCCCCCUGCCCCUAGUGUCAUGGAUGAAGAAUGGGGAGCCCUUGUUGCCCCAGAGCCUUGAACAUGGGCCAGGCCUGAAGCUGGAGACAGCAGGAGCCGGGGACUCAGGGACCUACUCUUGCGUGGCCAGGAGCGAGGCAGGGGAAGCGAGGAGGCAUUUUCAGCUGACAGUGAUGGAUCCUCCCCACAUCGAGGACUCAGGCCAGCCUGCAGAGCUGUCGCUGACCCCUGGCGCCCCCUUGGAGCUCCUCUGUGAUGCCCGAGGCACCCCCGCGCCCAACAUCACCUGGCAUAAGGACGGGCAGGCCCUGAGCAGCCAGGAGGAAAGCAGAGGGGCUGGGAGGCGGCUCCAGGUGGAGGCCGUGCAGGUGGGUGAUGCUGGGCUGUACACUUGCCUGGCCCAGAGCCCUGCUGGCGAAGUUGAGAAGAGCUUCCGGGUCAGGGUUCAAGCCCCUCCAAACAUUAUUGGGCCCCGAGGUCCCCGCUCUGUGGUUGGCCUGGCCCCAGGGCAACUGGUUCUGGAGUGCUCGGUGGAAGCAGAUCCAGCCCCCGAGAUUGAGUGGCACCGAGAUGGCAUCUUGCUGCAGGCAGAUGCCCACACCCAGUUCCCAGAGCAAGGCAGGUUCCUCCAGCUGCAGGCCCUGAGCACGGCCGACGGCGGCGACUACAGCUGCACAGCCCGCAACGCCGCGGGCAGCACCAGUAUGGCCUUCCACGUGGAGAUCCACACGGUGCCCACCAUCCAGUCGGGACCUCCCACAGUAAAUGCCUCUGUGAACCAGACGGCCCUGCUGCCCUGCCAGGUGGAUGGUGCACCCCCGCCCCUGGUGAGCUGGCGGAAGGACGGGGUCCCCCUGUAUCCUGGGAGCCCCAGGUUGCAGAUGCUUCCCGAGGGUUCCCUGAGGAUCCAGCCAGUUCUCGCCCAGGACGCUGGACACUACGUCUGCCUGGCGUCCAACUCUGCGGGCUCUGAUCGGCAAGGCCGUGACCUCCGGGUCUUCGAGCCCCCCACCAUUGCCCCCAGCCCCUCCAACCUGACGCUGACUGCCCACACUGCUGCCUCACUGCCCUGUGAGGCCAGCGGCUCCCCCAAGCCCCUCGUGGUCUGGUGGAAAGACGGACAGAAGCUGGACUUCCGCCUGCAGCAGGGCACCUACCGGUUCCUGCCCUCCAAUGCCCUGCUCCUUGCAGCCCCCAGCCCCCAGGACUCAGCCCAGUUUGAGUGCGUGGUGAGCAAUGAGGUGGGCGAGGCCCGCAGGGUCUACCGGGUGACCAUUCACGUGCCUCCCACCAUUGCUGAUGACCAGACAGAGUUCACUGUGACCAAGAUGGCGCCUGUGGUCCUCACAUGCCAUAGCAUGGGCGUGCCGGCCCCAGUGGUGUCCUGGAGCAAGGCGGGCACCCAGCUGGGGGUGCGGGGGAACGGCUAUCGUGUCUCACCUUCCGGUGCUCUGGAGAUCAGGCAGGCCCUCCCCAUCCACGCCGGCCGCUACACCUGCACAGCCCGCAACUCUGCAGGCAUGGCCCGAAAGCAUGUGGUCCUCACCGUGCAAGCCACCCCCAUGGUGAAGCCACUGCCCAGCGUGGUGCGGACCUUGGCGGAAGAAGAGGUGGUGCUGCCUUGUGAGGCCUCAGGUGUCCCCCGGCCAAGCAUCACCUGGCAGAAGGAGGGGCUCAGCAUCCCCACCGGAUCCAAUGCCCAGGUCCUACCCAGCGGACAGCUGCGGAUUCUCCAUGCCAGCCCAGAGGAUGCUGGAAACUACUUCUGCAUCGCCCAGAACAGCGCAGGCAACGCUGUGGGCAAAACUCGGCUGGUGGUGCAAGUCCCUCCCAUGAUCAAGACUGGUCUCCCUGACCUGUCCGCCACCGAAGGCUCCCACGCCCUUUUGCCCUGCGUGGCCAGUGGCAGUCCCCAGCCUGACAUCACCUGGGAAAAGGACGGCCAGCCUGUGUCGGGAGCUGAGGGCAAGUUCGCCAUCCAGCCUUCCGGGGAGCUGCUGGUGAAGAACUCGGAGAGCCAGGAUGCUGGUACCUACACCUGCACAGCUGAGAACCCUGUGGGCCGUGCCCGCCGCCGUGUACACCUCACCAUCCUGGCACUGCCCGUCUUCACCACCCUGCCUGGGGACCGCAGCCUGAGCCUCGGGGACAGGCUGUGGCUUCGCUGUGCCGCCCGGGGCAGCCCUACCCCCCGCAUUGGCUGGACUGUCAAUGACUGGCCAGUCACAGAGGGGGUGUCUGAACAGGACGGAGGCAGCACGCUGCAGCGGGAGUCAGUCACCAGAGAAGACAGUGGGACCUACACCUGCUGGGCCGAGAACAGAGUGGGCCGCGUGCAGGCGGUCAGCUUUGUCCAUGUGAAGGAGGCUCCUGUCCUACAAGGAGAAGCCUUCUCCUAUCUGGUGGGACCUGUGGGGGGCAGCAUCCGACUGGACUGUGUGGUCCAUGGAGACCCAGUGCCCAACAUCCGCUGGAUCAAAGAUGGCCUCCCACUGCAGGGCAGCCGUCUCCGGCACCGGCUGCAGAAUGGCUCGCUGACCAUCCGCAGGACAGAGAUGGACGAUGCGGGACAGUACCAGUGCCUGGCAGAGAAUGAGCUGGGCACAGUGGAAAAAGUGCUGGUGGUCGUGCUGCAGAGUGGCCCGGUGUUCCAGGUGAAGCCCCAGGAUGUAACAGUGAGAUCCGGGGAUGAUGUGUCCCUGCGAUGCCAGGCCACUGGACGGCCAGUGCCCACGGUGGAAUGGCUGCGUGCGGGCCAGCCCUUGCAGGCCAGCCGGCGGCUCCAGACCCUGCCAGAUGGGAGCCUGUGGCUGCAGCGAGUGGAGACUAGGGACGCGGGCACAUAUGAAUGCGUCGCUCACAACCUCCUGGGCUCUGCCACAGCCCGGGCUUUCCUGGCUGUGAGAGAGGAGCCCCGGGGGGGCCGGGGUAGCGUGAUUGGGGUCAUCAAUGGCCAGGAACUUGGCAUGGCCACCCUCAAUACCAGUGUGCAACAGGAGGCACGUUCUGGGGUCACCACCAUCAAAAGCAGCAUCAGCCACAUCCCUGCGAGUGUGGGGCCUCUGAUGCGGGUGCUCGUGGUCACCAUCGCCCCAAUCUACUGGGCGCUGGCCGGAGAGAGUGGAGACGCCUUGAACGGCUACUCGCUGACGGGUGGCAGCUUCCGGCAGGAGUCACACAUGGAGUUUGCCACAGGGGAGCUGCUCACGAUGACCCAGGUGGCCCGGGGCCUGGAUGCCAAUGGCCUCCUGCUCCUCGACGUGGUGAUCAAUGGCGUCGUCCCCGAGAGCCUAGCUGAUGCAGAUCUCCAAGUGCAGGAUUUCCAGGAGCACUAUGUGCAGACGGGCCCCGGCCGGCUCUUUGUGGGCUGCACGCAGCGCUUCCUGCAAGACAGCCUGCCGGUGUCCCUGCACUGCAACCACAGCAUCCAGUACGACGCGGCCCGCGGCCCCCAGCCCCAGCUGGUGCAGCACCUGCGGGCCUCCACGAUCAGCUCGGCCUUCGACCCCGAGGCUGAGGCCCUGCGCUUCCAGCUCACCACAGCCCUGCAAGCCGAAGAGAAUGAAGGUAGCUGCCCGGAAGGCUUUGAGCUGGAUGCCCAGGAAGAGUUUUGUGUGGAUGUGGAUGAGUGUCUGGAGCAGUUGGAUGAAUGUCACUACAACCAGAUCUGUGAGAAUACCCCAGGCGGGCACCACUGCGGCUGCCCCAGGGGGUACUGGAGCCAGGGCCCCAGCCUGCCCUGCCUAGAUAUUAACGAGUGCCUGCAGCUGCCCAGGCCCUGCGCCUACCAAUGCCACAACCUCCAGGGCAGCUACCGCUGUCUGUGCCCGCCUGGCCACACCCUCCUCCGAGAUGGCAAGGCCUGUACCCCGCUGGAGCAGAGAGGACCAAAUAUGACCACUGUCAGCCACCAGGGCCCCUUGGUGCCUUGGUUACGGCCCCGCGCCCCCAUCCCCAAUGGCUCCUACCACGCCUGGGUCUCCCUCCGACCGGGCGCCAGAGCGCUGAGCAGCAUGGGCCGGGCCUGGUGCCCCACUGGCUUCAUCCGGCAGAACGGAGUCUGCACGGACCUGGACGAGUGCCGCGUGCAGAGCCUGUGCCAGCAUGCCUGCCGAAACACCAAGGGCAGCUACCAGUGCCUCUGCCCCACCGGCUACCGCCUCCUCCCCAGUGGGAAGAACUGCCAGGACAUCAACGAGUGUGAGGAGGAUGGCAUCGAGUGUGGGCCCGGCCAGAUGUGCUUCAACACCCGAGGCAGCUACCAGUGUGUGGAUACACCGUGUCCUGCCACCUACCGGCAGGGCUCCAGCCCAGGGACGUGCUUCCGGCGCUGCUCGCAGGACUGCAGCGCGGGCGGUCCCUCCACGCUGCAGUACAAGCUGCUGCCGCUGCCCCUGGGCGUGCGCGCCCACCACGACGUGGCCCGCCUGGCUGCCUUCUCCGAGGCCGGCGUACCCACCAACCACACCAAACUCAGCGUGCUGGAGCCUGACCCACGCAGCCCGUUCGCUCUGCGGCCUCUGCGCGCGGGCCAAGGCGCGGUCUAUACCCGCCGCGCGCUCACCCGCGCCGGCCUCUACCGGCUCACUGUGCGCGCCAUGGCGCCGCGCCACCAAAGUGUCUUCGUCCUGCUCAUCUCCGUGUCCCCCUACCCCUACUGAGAGGCAAGGUCAUUGGCAGCAGCUUUUGGGCCAGCGACCUGGGGGGGGGGGGGAGGGCGGGUCGGAAAGGAGCCGAACUAACCCUUCACCGCCCAGGCCAGGCUGCUGAUGGGACAGGGUUGCCCUUGCUUACGCCACCUGCUAUGGCAAGGGACGUCAUCUUCUCCCACCUCCGUGCGUCAUCCGGACUUCAGCAAACACGACUCUGCGCGUAGCCUUGACCCUACUCCCCCUACUCCCUGUGGGCAGGUGACAAAGGCUGCCCAUAGGUGGCAAAGCCGGCAGGCACCGCUGGGAAGAAGCCUGCAUGUCUGACCAGCUCCUCCAGGCUUGCUCCAAGCCCCAGAGGGACCUGGGCUGGGACACAGAGUCCCAGGACACCCAAGGGGAGGGGCAGACCCUGUAGGGACAGCAGGAGCUGCCACCUGCCCACACCUGCUCUAUCAUCCUGGACCCGGUGUGUGUAUGUAUACCAUAAAAACGUUUCUU